AAGUUUAACUCACCGGAUGUUGCGUUAGCUCCACCCCGCGUCCGCCAUGUUUGUUGCUACAAUGUGAAGGCGGGCGAAUUUAAAAAGUAGAGUCGAUUGAUGUUUACCUAAAGACACUGAAUUUUAGCUGUUUGUUGGUUAUUAAUCCUUAUAACAAAGCGUACACGAAGCAAAGUCACAGUUCUGAUUGCAUGCGUGCUGCGAUCGUCGCGUUGUAAAUUUCAUGCGUGUUUAUUGUGUUAGCUCACUAGCUAGCAGCUGUCUGUUUUGUAUUGUGGAUCGGUGACGUUUUGCAAGAUGAGCACCAAAACACCACGAUUAACAUCGAGGAAAAGCAGCGAUCAAAUCAUAAAGUCAAAUGGAAAGAGUCCAGCACGAAGGAGGUCCAGCAGAUUGUCUGCAAAUGAUGAGAAUCUGCCAUCUAAAGUGGUGCCUCCUCCAGUGGCCAUGAAGCGGUCGAUCACUGUGCGGAAAAUUGCACCCAGGAAAACCCAGGCCUUGUCUAACAGUAACAAGGAGAACGUGGAGAGAAUAUCUGAAGUGUCAACAAAGCGCUCCAAAGUCUUGACAUCUUCGCCGGCCAUAUCAGCAGAGCCCAAGACAUCUGUCCUGUCUCCAAUCCUCCCGUCUUCAUCUCCUCCUCCUCAGCCCACAGAAUCAGAACAGGACUCUGUUUGGUCCAAGAAAGUGCGACGCUCCUACAGUCGCCUCAGUAUGGGGGACAAAUCCUUCGAAAGUCCCAGACCUGCCCGUUCCUCUUCUCCAAACAACAGAGAGUCCCUGUUUGGCUUCGAGCGUCUUCAGACCCCAGAGGUGAUGAAGAAGACUGAAGGGUCUCGAAGCGCUCCUCUGGGCUUCAUGUCCCUCUCUCUGGGUUCUUUUAACCUCUCUGCUGCUGAUGAAAGCGCUUCUAACCCUCCAGAGGUUGAUCCGAACAUCCCUGGUGUGUGUCUGGGGAAAAAGACCACCAGGAGGAAGCGCGUUCAACAGAUAAAGAUGUCAGAGUUGGACGUUCUUGCUGCCAAGAUGAACGCUGAGUUCGAGGAAGCUGAAAGUUUUGAACUGUUUGUUGAAUGAAAUUUCCAAAGAGCCGUCGAUUGUGCUCAGGACGUUGUUCCUUAUUCUUACAUCCCGCCAAGUCUUGGGGAUUUAACAAGCAUGUUUUAAGAGAUCAAACAGUUGCAGUUCUGCUCUGAUACGAUUUAUUUCACAACCAUAAAAGCAUCAUUCAGCCAUUACACUUCCCGAAAAAGAAAAACUCUUUCAAAUGUUUUACAUAUCUAAUGGAUCAGUUUGGUUAAAAUCAUUCAGCCAAAAGACUUUUUUUAUGUCGUCUGUUUCUCAUAUGUGCAUAUUGUAGUUGGAUGAUAUGUGAAUAAAUAGCAUUCUGGCAGAGUAAACUCUUGUCAGAUUUAAAACUUUGUUUUGCCGUAUAGCAAGUUUCUGAGGUAUUUUUAAAAAUGGCAACUGAAGUAAAGAUCACACCAUGUAAGUCUCUUUGUGUAUUCUAUUAAAAUUCAAUUGUCUAGCUAAAUUCAGUAGCUUAAUAUUUAUAUUUUAAAACUUCUUUACCCUUGUGUGCUGUUGAGGAUGUUUUCAUCCACUGUGGGGUGAUUUUGAGGCUUAAUUUGCCCACAACUUGCUCUGUGUUUUAC